AACAGGAAAGAGGAAGCCCCCCUCCUCCUCUUUCCUGUUCCGGGGGGCGGGUAGCUAAGUAACGUCACUCUCUUCUUCCUUUCUUUCCUUUUCUUCUUUCUUCUUCAUCUCAUUUCCCCCUCUUCCCCUCCUCCCUCCUCCUCCGACACUGUCUGAUCAUCAUCUAUUCAUCAGAGAAAAACAUGGCAGACGAUCCUUUCAACUCCUCCGACAUUGAAUUCUCGCCCGUUAGUGCAACGCUUCACUAAUGCGGGCGCCCAGAGCAUUGCAUCCAUGAGAGAUUCUCUCUUCGAGGAUCGCAUCGCAUCAAAGAAGAGGCUUCACGGUCUAACAGACGCUCGCGGUGCCCCCCAAACGCAGUAUGGUCGGCGUCUAUGGCUCAAUCGUAUUCAGCAGUACGCAGAGAAUAACCGCAGCACGAUCGACCAUAACAAGGGCCCCGACUACACCAUGAUCAUACGCUUCAUCAACACAGUGGUCAAACACAUCAAGGCACGCGAAGCUCAUGCUCACGUCCCAAUGCGCCAGGGCAUCAAGAGAGGGAUCGGACGCCUGUGCUCGGCGUUAGUGUUUGAGUAUCCUAACUUCACCCUGAGCAAGCACGAGUCGGUCAAGAUCGACGCUGUCGUUGACGAACUGGCCAUGGAAGGGAAGCUAGAGCGAGGUCGACGACGUAAAGCCAAUCAGUGGGUGGGCGUGGCUAUAAUUGAGAAGAUGUGCAGGUGCUGGCUGCAGGCAGCACUGGAUGAGGGAUGCUUGUCAUGGGACAUCGUCAUCCACAAAGUACUUUGCGUUGCGCUUCAGACGGCCUUGGCUGCCAGGAGUGGAGACAUUACACUGAGCAAAGGCUACACGACCGAGUACAUGCAAUGGAGCGAUUUGGUGAUGAAGCUCUCAGAGCAUGGAGAUGCAUUGGACGACAUCGAAUUGACGUGCACCCUGAGAUUCGAGAAGAACAAGAAACUCGAGACGAAUGAUGAUCGAGAUCUUCCAUUGAAGCCCUUGAGCGACGCCUCGUUGAAUGUCAUCUGCCCGGUCAAGCUUCUGCUCAUCCAGGCCCUCCGCUCGGGAAACCUCUCCUCCUCAUUAGAUGAGACGCUCAAACAAGCAUCUCUUCGCCGCGACCGGACCAUCCAGUGGCUGUACCCAGAACGCCCGGUCCUUCCCCAACUCCUCAAGUCCAGUGCAUUCAUCGCGUGGGACAAACCGGCAGGCCCAGGACAGGUCAACAAGAACACGAAGGAUCUAGGGCUCGUGGCCGGCGUGCUAGCGCAUAUUAUCUCGCAUGACGUGCGGCGGGGUGGACUUCGUGAUCUGGCAAAUCUGAAAAUCCCAUCCGCUCCCAUGGCCCCGAUGGGUGUUGCAAGCAAGGAGGUGGCCGUUGCGGCGGGUCAUUCCAUGGGCAGCUACCUCAAAGGGACCACGGACAAGUACGUGGGACCCGUUGAGCGGGAAAACUACACUGCACGCGCUGCACAGAUGUUUGUCAGUCGAAAGGCACCCGAGAUGGGUCAGAGAUUUCAGAAGACGCGGCUCACCAAGGCUGAAGUGUCCCUGUACUGUGAAGAGCAUGACAUCGAUCCCACAGACAAGAACGGACGACAGAGAGCAGGCGACGCAAUCCAUCGCAAGAGAAAGGCGGAUUGGAUCGAGUCUGAGAAGAAACGCCCAAAGCUACCCACCAAGACACUCAAACCGUCCUCGUCCAAAAGUACUUUCCAGCCACUGUCGGUUCCAUCACCACUACCCACCACCACCACCACCACCACCACCUUGACGACGUCAGACAGCGUCCCAACUUCUCUGAUCGACCCACGCCUUCUCCUGCUUGACGGAGAUGCUCCAUCUCCUCCGCCAACCGAUGGAGCAGCGCAUGACGAGGAUGCCGCAGCUCAGAGAUUGUGUGCCAUGAUCUACGAUGACGUCGAGGAUGCCGCGGAGGAUGAACAAGCAAUGGUCCUUGAUAUCUUCCUGGAGAACAUCGUCUCCAAGGGCCCUGUCAGCGUGUUGACCCUUCCUGGACCUGAGUUUGUGAAUGCAUUGUCCAGAAUCAACUGUGUCCGAAAUGUCCGACUCCAAGAGCACCUCCGUUCACUUGAUGAGCACCUCCCGCAAUAUUGUCCUAUGGGAAAUUCAAGAGAUUAUCCAACGAUGUUUGUGUACCGCUGCAGCAACUGCGAUACCUACACCACGCAGCGCAAACAAUACCUGGAGGUUCACCAGCUAUCUUGCACGCGUAAGAACGGAGGAGAACAACCCGGAGAGAAGCAAGAGAAGCAAGAGAAGCAAAAGGAGUCAUUCCCCUGCACGCGCGAAGGUUGUACAAAGGUCUUGAUGAGCGUGUCGUCUCUCCAAGCGCACGUGGCGGGUGAUCAUAUCUGGGAACCGAAGGCAUGUCAUGUUGCCGGAUGCACGAAUGAUAGGGUUUUCCAGAAGCGCAACGAUCUUUCUAAUCACCUACAGCAAUUCCAUCGUCCCAUAGCACCACCAAUCCACUGCUCUUUUCCCGGAUGCACUUCGCAGACCCUGUGGGAUCAAAUGCACAAGUACACGCAACAUCUCAAGCUUCGACAUCGGCUCGCGUUUCAGAAGGAUCAGAAGCCAUACUUGCCAGAAGGCGGACCGUCCCAGAGGCUGUCAUCGGCAGUGCCGUUUCGACCAACCGCAUGCCUGAUCCCAAUCGCAGGAUCACCGACUUGCGAAGCCAUUUGGAAGCAUGCUUCAAGUCUGACACGCCAUUUGAGCAGGGGAGUUCAUGCUCUGAGUCUGGAAGAGGCUCAGCAAAUCACUAUGAAAUACACAAGUGAUAACUCUAAGCAGUCAACCUAG